AUGGAACAACUGGUGACGCAACUUAAAGCGUUUAAUCCCACCAAAAUAGCCGUUUAUGUAGACGAAAGGGAUGACGCUGAGAUUAACGCAAGCUAUCAAGGCUACUUGGAGGGCACAUACGAACUCACACGGAGCCUGCAUGACCAAAUCGGUUUUCGGUUAGCCAAACAGAUGGGACAUCCGAAGCUUUACUGUGUUGCUGACUGGCCAAAACACCGGCCGAUCCGUGAUAAAAUUGACGACCACUUGAUGGACUAUGCCACGUUUGCGGAGAUGCACAAUCAGGAGCAUCUCUUAUGGAGCAUUUCCUCAAGCGGGGUGAAAGUUCGGGCGGACGUAGAUGGCACGGUCUGGGUUGAACAUGAGGGGUACGAACCGCUGAUUGACAUGUACAUACGGAUUAACGAUCCUGAACAGAUGUCCGCCGACCAUCAAUCAUAUCUGCGCACCGCACGCAUUGGACUCAAAGACCAAAUACCCGGUUGGCACUUUACAAGUUCGGGAAUGGAUGCCAUCAAUGAAAGAACGGAUGAUGUCCUUGCCUCCAAACGCCAACGCGAGAUUGAACAGUUGGUUGAACAACUCAAAGAAUUUAAACCUACCAAGAUAGCGGUUGAGGUGGAUCCAAGCCGUUGCGACACUGAAAAUAAAAAUUAUCAAGGUUAUCUAAACGGGACGUACGCACUCGGACCGUACGAGGGAGAUCAGAUUGGAUACAGAACACUCGCCUAUCAUAUUGAUCACGAAUUAAUAGACACCGAUACAUUUGCCAAAGCUCACAAUCAGGAGCAUCUCCUCCAACCGCUGCCUCCAGGGAAAAUCACUCGGGAUAAAGAUGGCAAAAUCUGGAUUGAACCUGAGAAAUAUGAACCAAUGAUUGACAAGUACAUACGGAUCAAUCGGCCCGAAAAUACAGACGCACUCUCCGAUGUUAACGUUCACAUUCGCCCGGGCGAAAUUCUCGCUAUAGUCGGUGAAAACGGCGCAGGAAAAACGACUUUGGCGCACAUCUUAGCAGGCUUGCGUUCUCCAACAGCAGGACGUGUUACAAUAGACGGUAUCGAUACCGCCACAAUCUCAUCCGAAGACCUCCGGCGUGCUUGCACCGUAGUGUUUCAGCACCCAGCACGCUAUCCGACGACCUUACACGAAAAUCUGGCUUUGGACAGUACUGAUGCCUCCGAUUCACAUGUUGCGGCGACCUUAACCCAAGUCGGGUUGUCAACAGAACAAUAUCCUCUAAACACGUUUUUGGGUCCCGAAUUCGGCGGAGCAGAUUUCUCUGGCGGCGAAUGGCAACGCGUCGCUAUUGCCCGUAGUCUGAUAAAAGAAGCGGGCGAAUUUGUUAUUUUUGACGAACCCACAGCGGCUCUGGAUCCGCUCGCUGAGUUGGAGAUUUUUCAGCAGUUCGUUGAAUUGGUAGAUGGUAAAACUGCACUGCUCAUUGCCCAUCGACUCGGACCCACACGACUUGCCGAUCGCGUUGUUGUUUUGGACAAUGGACGCAUUGUAGAAAUCGGAGAUCCCACUGAACUCCUACAGCAAAAUGGAAAAUACGCCGAAAUGUUCGCGGCACAAAGUGAGUGGUACCAAUGA